GGCUGAACUGGAUCAGCCUCACAGGAAUGUGUUUGUGUAAGCCUCCUGUACUUUGCCCUGCCCUGGCACGGAGGAAGGUGUGGACUGUCUAAACAUGUUCCCGGAAGAAAAAAUGUUUUAAGCAGAAACUAGGGGGUGAAGGAGUUGCUGAAGGGUGGGACAUGGCGGCUCCACGUCAGCAGGUUUCACAACCAAACGGGUCACAGCAGUUUACCGGCGUCUAACCGGAAUGUCCAGACAGCGCGUGGAUGGAGCCUGUCAAACACACCGGUGGCUGCCACUGCGGGGCCGUCAGAUUUGAAGUCUGGAGUUCACCAGACCUCCAUGUUUUCCACUGCAACUGCAGCAUUUGCACCAAGAAGCAAAACCAUCAUUUCAUUGUUCCAAAAAAUAACUUCACACUCUUACAGGGGUCUGAAAAUUUGACCACUUACACUUUUAACACUCACGUUGCUAAACACACCUUCUGUAAGACAUGUGGAGUUCAGAGUUUCUACAGCCCACGCUCCAACCCAGAUGGAUAUGGCAUUGCCCCUCACUGUCUGGACCUGGGGAGUGUGCGCAGUGUCACGGUGGAGAUGUUUUGUGGUGAGAAGUGGGAAGAAAGCAUGCAAGCCCACCAGACUAUCAGAGACAUGUCCAAACCUGUAGCAGACAGUCAGCCCCGAGAAACGGCCCAAGAAUAACAACACUGCUGGAGGAGAGUCAGUUUUA